UGCUCGGGUGAACACGUGGUUCCGCGUCUGCAUCCCUGCUCGUCUGUCAGUGUGUGAAGGUUUCCAGCCCUUCUCUCACUCCUCUCCCCCCUUUUUUUUGUCCUCCCGUACAACACAGCAGACCUUCUCCUCUCUUUACUCCGUCCCACCCGCACCUCCACCUCCUGCUACACUUCCCUUCCUUCUCGGUGCGACGGUUCCCGGGACUACCGACAGCCAGGCCGCGGUCACUUCAACGUGUAUCCGCUCGGAGAGAGAGAGAGAGAGGGAGAGGAAGGGGGAGAGAGAGAGAGAGAGAGAGAGUGUGUCUGUGAGAAAGUGUGUGUGUGUGUGAGAGAGAGUGUGAGUGAGUGCGUGUGCGCGCACCCGCCCGCAACCGGUCCAUCCGUGUUUAUUUCUCCCCACUAUCCCGCCUCGUUAUUCGGUCAUGACGCUGGAAGCGAUCCGCUACCGGGCCGGGUCUCUGCAGAUCCUCAACCAGCUGCUGCUGCCACACGAGACCGUCUACGAUGAGAUCCGCUCGGUGCAGGACGCUUACGAGGCCAUCAAGUCCAUGAAGGUGCGGGGCGCCCCGGCCAUCGCCAUCGUCGGCUGCCUCAGCCUGGCUGUGGAGUUGCGGGCAGGUGCUGGAGGUGAUGACCCCGUGACCUUCAUCAGGGAGUCUCUGUGUCACCUGACCUCAGCCAGGCCAACCGCUGUCAACAUGGGCCGCGCCGCCCGCGAGCUGAUGGAGUUUGCUGAGAACGAGAGCAUGGAGAAGAACUCGGAGCAGCUCAGAGAAAGUGUAAUUGCCUGGAUCGAAGACAUGCUGGAGCGUGACGUCAAUGACAACAGGAAGAUCGGUAACUAUGGCGCCCAGCACAUCCUGUCUGGCGUCCCGCGGGACUCUGUGACCAUCCUCACACACUGCAACACCGGCUCGCUGGCCACAGCUGGAUACGGGACCGCCCUCGGCGUGGUGCGAAGCCUCCACGCGCUGGGCAGGCUGAAGCGUGUGUACUGCACGGAGACGAGGCCGUACAACCAGGGAUCCAGACUGACGGCGUAUGAGGUGGUAGCAGAGGGAAUCCCUGCUACACUCAUCACAGACAGCAUGGCUGCCCUCACCAUGAGAGAAAUGGACAUCACAGCUGUGGUGGUGGGAGCUGACAGGGUGGUUGCCAACGGUGACACAGCCAACAAGGUGGGAACAUACCAGCUGGCCAUCGCUGCAAAACACCAUGGCAUUCCUUUCUAUGUGGCUGCACCCAGCACGUCGUGCGACUUGAGCCUGGAGAGCGGCAGGGACAUCAUCAUCGAAGUGCGCCCCCCCGAGGAACUCACCAGUAUAAACGGAGUCCCCAUCGCUGCCCCGGGUAUCGAGGUGUGGAACCCGGCCUUCGACGUGACCCCUCACCAGCUCAUCACAGGAGGCAUCAUCACAGAGCUGGGAGUCUUCCUCCCCUCUGAGCUCCAGGCGGCGCUCACCGGCCGCCUCACUGCCCUCUAGAGCAUAUCCUGCUGGUCCGUGUGCGCCCUGCCCCUGUCACACACUCAAAGACACUCUCAUUUCAUUACACAACACAUACACACAGUCAUAGUUGUGGUUUAAUUUCAUUUUGGUCGACGCACAAUCACUGUUACAUGUCAGUGGUGCACACAGAAAAAGAUAUGUGACUCACCCACACAGUCACUGCAGGGAGUCAAGCAGACACACAUGUGCAGUCUCCCCUUUCUUUUAUGUCCUUCAUCGUUUUCUGUGUCUCCAUUUUACCUUUUACCAAGUUUUCCUCCUUUCAUUAUCUCUUGCCACCCCUUUGUCUUUCUAAAUGGCUUCUAUGACAAGGAAUAGCGCUCAGCUGGACUCAAUCCCAUAAAUUCUAUUUGGCAAACAAUUUUUAUGAGUCAUCACUGAGGUAAUUUUUCAGGGCU